AUGAGCCAGAGCCAGGGCCAAAGUGCUCCUGCUGCUACUGCUGGCUAUGGCAAUCAAAACGGCUCCGCGCCUCCCAUAUGCGCCAACUGCCAGACCUCGACGACACCUCUCUGGCGACGAGAUGAAUCCGGCUCCGUCUUGUGCAAUGCAUGCGGACUGUUCCUGAAGCUACACGGCCGCCCUCGACCAAUCAGCUUGAAGACAGAUGUAAUCAAAAGCCGAAACCGUGUCAAAGCGUCUCAGGCGAAGAAGCGAGACAGUCAAGGCGCAGACGCGACCGCACUUCCGCACUUGGGCAAUGGCUACUCUGCUGGCCAUGCCGAAGUCGCUCACCUGCAGCACGCUGCCCCGCCUGGACAUCAGCACAGUCUGCCCAUGGGUAGCGCCAUGCACGAGCAGCAGCACGCCCGAGCAGCCUCACCGAACCCCAUAGCCAGGAGUCAGACUCCCGUCCUGCAUCAGCAGCAUACCAAUAUCGCCCCUCAACACAUCUUCGACACCGUCUCUCUGCCCUCCGACACUUUCGCCAGCCCUUCAAUACCCCACUUUCCACUGCGACAACCCAGCCCUUCCCAAGCCAAUGCCCAGAGCAGUAAUGGACACCACACUAGUCAAUCCAGCACGCAGCAACAACAGCAACAGCAACAACAUCAAGAUGUUCUCGCGCAGAACGAGACUCUUCGCACACGUGUGAGUGAGUUGGAAGUGAUCAAUGACUUGUUCCGGGGAAGAGUAUCGGAGCUAGAGCACAACGAGCAGGAAUACAGACAGAGGGAGAAUGCUCGGGAAGAGGAAGCACAACGGCUGACUGCGGCAUUGGCUGCUGCCCUGGCUCGAGCAGCUGAUUUACAGAGGGUGGUUGACGAGAUGCAACAGCAACAUUUAUCGAAUGGAGGGGACAAAGCAGGAGCAGAAGAAGAACAAACGGCAGAAGAGGGACCUGCGCGGAAGAAAGCGAGGAUAGGAAGUGACAGUGGUGCGGACUCGAUUUCCAAAGUCGACAGUGUGCAGGGAGCCGCGCAAUAA